UAUAACAACAAACAAUUAUAAACAGUUUUGGACUUCUAGCAAAGAAGUGUGGCUUAAUACAGCGUCUACCAAACAUUAAUUAAUUAAAUAUAAAAGCAAAAACAAUAAAUAUUACUACUGACAAUACUAUAUUGCGAAAGCUAACUGUAAACUACACGUGUCCGAAGUGAUUGCACCGUUGUGGUGAAUUUCAUAAUAAGUCGCCGAGACAUUAACAUUAAUUGAAAGUACCAUUAAUAGAAUAUUACGUCGAAAUAUGCAAACAUACAUGCCAACAAAGCGACAGACAUACAUGUAAAUAACACGUUUAUUUGGGUGAGGAAGCGGAAAGAGCGAAAACCCAAACGAAAAGCGCAUUUUAGCUAAAAACAAUAAACAAAGAGCUAAAAUAUUUCUUACAAGAAAAAACAAUAAUAACAACAAUAUAAACGCCGCAAAGGCGUCAAAACACAAGAGCAACAACGCGCAAUUAGAACUUUCGAAAAUUACCGUCCCCAUUCGGGCUAAAAGCAAGCGAUUGGCAAAAUUGCGCCAUUCAUUCAUUCGGCUUUCAGCUAACGACACCUACAUACGUCAGCUGUGCGUGGCGGCAUAAAUUCGCCUAACAACCUACAAACUUAACGCGUGUAUGUACAUAUAUGCAUGUGAACAUUUACGAAAUGCGCAUAGCCUAGCAAAACAAAUAACAAGAAAUUGUGUCACUAUAAUAAUUAAAGUGUGUAGUUUUUUAUAUGCGCACGGCAAACAAAAAAAUAAUAACAAAUAGCAGGCAAAAAGCGCGCAGAAAAACAACAAAAAUUACUAUUUGUGAUUAGUCAAUUGGAAGAGAGUUGAUAACGCACUCUUAAACUAACAAUAUUGGGAAGCUAGUGAGAGCGCCGGCAUUAAUAGUGCAAAGAAAAGAGUGAAAAAAUAUUAAUAGAAUUGUGGAAAAACAAUAUAAAUAUAGAAAAACAUUAAUAGAAUUAUGAAAACAUUGCUAAAGUAACAUAAAAAACAUUUAAAUCGUGUGUAAGGCGCAGCAAGAGCUUUCACUAAAAAAGCUUUAGGUAGUAUCAGCAAAUAAAGAGCUUUCACUGAAAAAAGCUUUAAGUAAUGUCAGCAAAUAAUGUGUGAUUUUAGUUUAAAGACAUUCGUGUGCGCUAAAAACAGUUAGAAAAAGUUGUAAGCUGCUUCUAAGAGACGUAUUACAUGUUGGACCAAACUAUUGCAGACUAUGUUAGCGGUUCUUUGAGUUUGGAUGCAACCUAUAAAGCCCACAACAUUAACAACAAAAAUUCUGACAUUUACAACAACAAUAAUUGUAAUAACCUCAACCAGCAACAAUUAGAGCUGUUGCAACAGCAGUACAAUAAACGGAAUACCGUUGCUGAGCUGAUCGCUCGCCAACAACAACAGCAACAGCACCAAAUUUCCAAUGAUAUCAGCUCCACGGCCAACAGUGAAGUGUUGAAUAGUGGAAAUUUCGUUACUGAUAUGCCGGAAAUUCUCAGCGUUGCUGCCUUAAAUACUAACCAUCACAAGAACAACAAUAACAUAAGUUCCUCGGUAGCAGGUUCAAACACAAAAACAGCUACAAUGCACAACGUACGCUUACCGUCCAUUUCGCCGACACUAUCGUUGAACGGCAGCUCAAAUGAUGCAAACAAUGUACACGCCUACUCCAUGUACGGCCCUAUCAGUCCACAAUCCAGCGACAGUGGUCACAGCUUACCCGAUAACAUGUCGCAUGUGAAUGGCAAACAAUACCGCAAUAGCUUCAGCGGUUCCAACAGUUCAUUUGAUUCGCACGGCAUGUCCAAGUCACAGGCGCAAGCGCAUAAGGAUCUGUUCACACAGCGCAAGCAGCGUGAGUUUACGCCGGACAGCAAGAAGGACGACAGCUAUUGGGAUCGACGUCGACGCAACAAUGAGGCGGCCAAACGUAGUCGCGAGAAGCGUCGCUACAACGAUAUGGUCCUGGAACAGCGUGUCGUCGAGCUGACUAAAGAAAAUCACGUGCUCAAGGCACAGUUGGACGCUAUCAAAGAUAAGUUCAAUAUUUCCGGUGAGAAUUUGGUGAGCGUCGAACAGAUAUUGGCUUCAUUGCCCACCAGUGAGCAGGUAUUGAGUAUUACGAAGCGCGCCAAAAUGACAAUAAAUGGCGGUUUCAAUGGCGCCACCACAGCGGUGCCCACAUCCAUUGUCUACGGCAUACCAGCGCACGCAAACGCCAAUGGCGCAGGUGGCAUGCCGAGCACUACAACCAUGGCACAAACACCCACAUCCAAUGGCAUACUGACACCACAGAAGUCGAACACCAUGAAUCAGGUGGCGAACAGCGAUCCGAACAGCGCUUUGAACGGCGACAACGGCUUGUUGUGUAAAACGUCACAGCAGUCGCUGCAGCAGGCCAUUAAGAAUGUGAAUCAAACGAAUAUGGCCAAUACAUUAACGCACCCGCAUGCGAUAUCGUCGGUCGCACACAUGCAAAUGUCCACCUCGCCAGUACACCUCAACAGCGAACACUAUCAGCCUCCACCACCCCUGCCGCUCAACACCAACUACACCGCUGAAAUGGCACGUGCAAACAACACGAGCGUUUUAAGUAACGGCGUCAAUAACGCUAAUGCGCCCACACAUUUGGAGAGCGCACGUCACCAUCCUACAGCAGCGACACCGCAGCAACAACCAGCACCUCCGUCCAAUCUGCAGAACUUGCACGUGUUGCAAGCGCUCAACCGCAAUGUCAACUGCGAUGAUCUCGAUAAUUUGCGCAAAGUUGUUGCUGUAGUCGGUGCUGCUAUCAACACGAAUGGUACAACCGACACGACCGAAGCGCCACUUUACAAUGCACCGGUAACGGCACCCCUAUACGUGCCACCACAUCCCGCCAGCAUGUAUGCCUACAGCACAAAGGAUCAGGUAACAGCGUCCACUCAAAAUCUAGAAAACGGCUAUCACACAAAAUCACCCGAAACCAAUGGCGUCAGCUCGAGCGCGGUCGAUGCAGUGACCUCCUCAUCCGUCAACGGUAAUGGCGAUGCUAACGGUGGCAAUGACGUGCUAAAUUUAUCGCGUCGCGCUUGCUCGCCGGCCUAUGAGCAUAUGCUCUCAUCGACCAUCUCGUCGUCGGCCUCCUCGUCAGGUGUGGCCUCCGGCGAUGACGAACACGAGCCGGAUGGCGUUGACGAUAUCGAACAUAACAAUGCGGUCAACAUCAGCACCACCAGUCCCAGCAGCAGCGAUUCGAACAACUGUUUGCCGCUCAAGUUGCGCCAUAAGUCACAUUUAGGUGAUAAGGAUGCGGCUGCUACGGCGCUGCUAGCGCUACAGCACAUCAAACAAGAGCCGGUGAGUAAUCGCGCCUCACCACCCGGUUGGGUGGACAAUGGCGAUAAUUCGAGCGAUGAACGCGACUCGGGCAUUUCAAUCGGCAGCGCCGAGUGGACCGCACAAUUUCAACGCAAAGCCGAUAAGAGCAACAGCUCAAUUGUGGGCGUGACACCGUCCGAACGCGAGCACAUACUGAAAUCUCAUUUGGCACGCCUAGAAUCGGAGGUGGCCAACAUCAAGAAUAUGAUGAUCCUGUCUGUAGAUCAGAUAAAUACACCGGCGGAUUUGAAAAUCUAAGUUGCUUAGCCACGCGGAUCAGCCACAUUUGUGCGAAAACCGAAACUGUGCGUGCGGAUCAGCCAUAUUUGUGGAAAAACCGUAAGCGCUUGUAUGGAGAGAGAGCAGAGACACAAUAACUUUUUUUACAUAUUUGUGGGGAGUGCUUUUGUUAGAUAGGGGCGUGUUUGUUGUAAUAAUCGUAUCGAAAUUGAGGCAUGUACGUCUUAAGAUUUGUUGUGUACUGAAAGUUUUUUUAUAAAAUGAAAAUUGUACAUAAAAAAUAAUUGUACAAAAGUUGCUUAACUGUGUAUUAGUUUAUUUCAUUUAAUUGUAGCUGUCAAAAAGUAUAAAAAGAAUUAGAAUUUAUUAUUUUUGAAAGCAAAAUAUGACAUAGUACUCUUAGCAGCCGCGGGCAUGUGAACACACCUUAAACUUUAGCGUAUAAAAUUUGAAAGUGUUAAAUGUCAAAUAUCAGCAAAGAAGUUGGCAACGCGUAGCAUCAUAUCAACAAAUCAUCCAUUAUUUUCAAAUCAUUAUCAGAUCAUGCAUUAUUUUCAGUUCUUCAUAACAUUUUUUUCUAAUUUUGAGUUCAAAAAUCAUUUCAUUGUUGCUAACUUCAAAUUACAUAUUUAUCAAUUAGUUGUUUAAAUAAGAAAUAAUAUUGUAUAAAAAAAGGUAAACAAAACAAAUUGCAGCUAAUAAAUCCUAUAUAGUGUAGACUUAGUUGUAUUUAUAUGAUAUUAAAAAUAUUGAAAAAAUUCAUUUUCGAAUGAAAUUUUUCGGUGGUCAACUUGUGCAAAAGAAUUUAAUGAAUUUUUUCUUUAUUUAUUAUAAUUUUUUUUACUUUUGCUUAGAUCUCCGUAAGAUAUAUAGCACAUGUAAUUAUUUAACUAAUUAUCUUGCUAGCUUGCCACCUGAUAUUUACAUAUGCGCAUAAUAAUUGUAUUAUAAAUACCAUUGUAUUACCAGUUAGCAUAGGCAAACCUAAUACUAUCAACACAUGCGAUAAAAAAUAUAUGUACAUAAACGUCUGAGUACAAUUCUCAGCAAAAAACACUAUAUGAAAAAAAAA